AUGCAGUUUUGUUCACUCAUAAGAUCCCUAUAUGGAGACCAAAUGCCUGCUGAGAGUAUCCAUCCUCGGAGGGCGGGGCUUGGGACCAUUAUUCUAAAGCUUCGAAGCCCGACUUGGCUUGGCAACACUCCCACGGAUCAUACAUCUGAGUGUUUGAACUCGCCUUACCUCAAGCAUUCCACGAGUCUCCGGGGAAGGCGCAAUCCAAUCAUCCGGGAAAGUGAGGCUCGGCUCGAACUACAUCGCCUCACAAAUGCUUGUCGCGCUAUGUGCGGAGACCAUAGAUAUUUCCCGCGACUUUUUGAAUACGACAAUAGCACCAAGACUGCUUCACUUGAUUCAUAUCCAUAUUUUCACGGCGGAAUUGACGACGGAAGCCACAGGAUUGCCUUGAGAGAUAAGCAGCAAUCGUCCAACCGUCCAGACAAUUUAGAUCACGUUGGCCAGGUCACGCUGAUCGGCAGCAGGCCUAUCGAACCAGCUCCCGGCAUCACCAUCCCUUUGCAUAAAGCAACCCAUGACGAUAUCUUUGACUGCGCAACAAGAGUGGCGAAGCUGCUCCGGGGAAGUUGGUGGCCGGGCUGUAUUGAGGUGCGAAUCAGUUUCGGGUUAAAGCUGUGGAUCAGUCUCAGAGCUGGUACUAUCACUUUGGGAUACUGCUUGGUGGUCGCCGGGCUUGAAGAGCUAAUGAACCAGCAAUAG